GUUUCAUUGAAUCCAAUUUUCUCUCUCUUACCCCAAAGCAACGCAAAAGCUAACCCUUAGAAAAAGCAAUGGCACCCAAAGCUGAGAAGAAGCCGGCGGAGAAGAAACCGGCGGAGAAGAAGCCAGCUGAGGAGAAGAAAACCGUCGGCGAGAAAGCCCCGGCGGAGAAGAAGCCAAAGGCUGGGAAGAAGCUUCCCAAGGAUAGCGGAGCAGCUGCCGGUGACAAGAAAAAGAAGAGAUCUAAGAAGAGCAUCGAGACUUACAAGAUCUACAUCUUCAAGGUCCUCAAGCAAGUCCAUCCGGACAUAGGGAUCUCAAGCAAAGCCAUGGGAAUCAUGAACAGUUUCAUCAACGAUAUCUUCGAAAAGCUUGCUCAAGAAGCCUCUAGACUCGCAAGGUACAACAAGAAGCCCACCAUCACUUCUAGGGAAAUCCAGACAGCUGUCAGGCUUGUACUUCCCGGUGAACUUGCCAAACAUGCCGUCUCUGAAGGAACCAAGGCUGUGACCAAGUUCACUUCAUCUUGAGAAGGGAAUUUUAGCUGUUCUAUGGUUAGGGUUAGGGUUAGGGUUAGGAUUUCCCCCUUUCUUAAAGUAGUCGUGUGAUUUUCUAUCUUUAAUUUCUAAAAUUUCGGCAUGUGUUUGGAUAUUUGGUUUGUAUUCGAACGUGGAUCUACUCGAUUCCGAUUGACCCUUGUAGAAA